CCUUAUUCCUGCAUCCUACUAUCAAAAUGAAGGAAAUCAUCAACCUCCCCGGCCCGAGCACCAAGCUCAUCGACUCCCCCAUCCCCAGCAUCAACGAUGACCAAGUCCUGAUCAAGGUGGUCGUGUCCGGCUCCAACCCCAAGGACUGGAAGGUCGCCGAAUUGGCCAAUGACCCGAACAGCUUCCUCUACUCCCGGUAUGAACAUGUACGUGAAGGCGUGAACCAGGGCGAUGAUAUCGCCGGUGUGGUCCAGAAGGUGGGAAAGAACGUGGUGGAAUUCAAGGAAGGCGACCGUGUCGCCGCAUUCCACGAGAUGCUGAAGCCCGGUGGUUCAUACGCCGAGUACGCCGUGGCCUGGGCACACACCACCUUCCACCUGCCGGAGAGCGUUUCCUUCGAGGAAGCCGCAACCAUCCCCCUCGCAGCCCUAACAGCCGUAAUCUCCCUCCAUCACCACCACGCCCUGCCCACCCCAUGGUCCCCACCCAGCGCCACGACCACCCCGACCCCCUUCGUCAUCUACGGCGGCAGCACAGCCGUGGGCUCCUUCGCCAUCAAGCUCCUCCGUGCCAGCAACAUCCACCCGAUCAUCGCCAUCGCCGGCAGCGGGUCCCCCUACGUGCAAUCCCUGCUCGACCCCAGCAAAGGCGACACGGUGAUCGACUACCGCCCAGGCACCGACUCCACCAUCGCCUCCAUCAAAUCCCUGAAUCUGAACAUCAAAAACGCCCUCGACACCAUCGUCGACGAUACCAGCGCACACGUCCUCACUCAGGUAGUCACGCCCGGAGGACAAGUGGACCAUGUCCUCCCCCGGGAUCCCAAGGAUCUGCCCGGGUUGUUGUCGACGAAUACGUGGGUGAAUGCGGCGCAUGAGAAGGCCAAUGGGGUGGAUGAUUGUCGGGAUCUGUGUUAUGUGUUUUGUCGGUGGUUUAGUCGCGCGUUGAAGGAUGGGCGGUUCAAGGGUCAUCCGUGGCAGGUUAGGGAGGGUGGAUUGGAGGGCGUGAAGGGGGCGAUGAAGGAUUUGAUGGAUGGGAAGGCGAGUGCCGUGAAGUACGUUUUUAGGAUUGCGGAGACGCCGGGGUUGUAA